GCCCUCCCCCAAAGCCGCGUGCAGCUGCUAAGGAGGGUGGCGCAUGCGUACCCUGUCACUUCCAAGGGGAAUAAAAUAGCAAAAAAAGACAGAACCUGGCAGCUAAGCGAAUUGCAGUUCACAGAGCACGUCAGAGGCAGUUGUUACAUUUGUCUGUUGUGAAUGUCAAGAGCAGUAGUGUGUUGGAAAGGUCUUUAAAUUGUGGAUGAGAAUUGUUUACUACAGCUAAACGAUUGCAUAUUAGAGUAGCACGGAAAAGAUCGAGCCGAAUAAAUUCCAGCGGAGGUUAAAAGAUCAAGGUGUUGCUAUUAAAUAAGAGUGUUGUAUAUGAGAGUGGUUGACACUUUGAAGCAUGACAACGAUAGAUACCAACAACAAUACAGGAGGUGUGAUCACUUACAUUGGACUGAAUGGAUCGUCUCCCAGCAGAACAAGCCCAGUCUCGUUGUACAGUGAAAAUUCCAACUGUAGCUUGCAGUCUGCAUCACAGUUGUACUCCGUUUCCUUGCCACCCUCACCAAAUGGCUCACUUUCACAGGAAUGCCGAAGUUAUGGCAGUGGUUCCGGAUCAGGAGAAGAUUGCUUCUCGUCUUCCAGCAGCUCUGGAGGCUCACCAGUCAACUUGCAGAUAUCUGAUGAAGGGAACAGAGUGUCUCCAAGCAAGAGCAACAGCAUUACAAAGCUAAAUGGAAUGAUCCUGUUGUGCAAAGUUUGCGGAGAUGUUGCAUCUGGCUUUCAUUAUGGGGUUCAUGCCUGUGAAGGAUGCAAGGGUUUUUUUCGGAGAAGCAUCCAGCAGAAUAUUCAGUACAAAAAGUGCCUAAAGAACGAGAACUGUUCCAUUAUGCGAAUUAACAGAAACCGGUGCCAACAAUGUCGCUUCAAAAAAUGCCUUUCUGUUGGCAUGUCCAGAGAUGCUGUCCGUUUUGGCCGGAUUCCAAAGCGAGAGAAGCAGCGGAUGUUGGCAGAGAUGCAGAGUGCUAUGAACAACAUGGCUAACAACCAACUCAACAGUCAGCUGAAUGGAGAGGCUGUUCCUCCACUUUCAGGACAGCAGUCACUCCAGACCCGCAUGCCUUCCCGAUCAGAGCAACCUCUACAGCAUUCCCCACAGCCGCCUUCUCCUCAGCAGCAGUAUCAGUAUUGUCCUAUGCCAGUUACCCCACCUCCCUAUACAAAUCCAGACUUUCAGAUGGAGGAAGUGAUCACCUCAAUAGCCAGGGCUCACAAAGAGACCUUUAUCUAUGCUCAUGAGAAGUUGGCAAAUAGAUCAAAUCAUGCACUGGUCACUUGUGCUGAAGUGGACAAUUGGGAAAAUGGCCAUUAUGGCAGUGGUUAUCUUGUGAAUGGGAUUGAAGCCAUGUGUUACCAUGACAGCAAUGUGAAUUAUAAAAAUGGUACUUGUGGGAUGAAAGUAGGUCGCCAUCAGGCCUUUCAGAGUGGACAGACCAAUGGAUUCAAUACAGAUUGUCACCAGAACACAAGUAAUGGACAUAGGAUGUGCCCCAGUAAUACGUAUAAUCUGAGCCAGACUGUUGAAGAUUCCAAUAAUGGCUGUCCUUGGAAAAGCACCCGUGAUGUGCUUCUGGCCUGUCCUAUGAAUAUGAAUCCUCAUGCAGGAAGUGGCAGAACGGCACAGGAAAUUUGGGAGGAUUUCUCACUGAGUUUCACUCCUGCAGUUCGAGAAGUGGUGGAAUUCGCUAAACAUAUUCCUGGAUUCCGAGACCUAUGCCAGCAUGACCAAGUUACGUUGCUCAAGGCAGGAACUUUUGAGGUUCUUAUGGUGCGGUUUGCUUCAUUGUUCAAUGUGAAAGAACAGACUGUGAAGUUUAUCAGUGGGACAAAGUACAGUUUGGAAGAAUUGCGGCAGAUGGGCAUGGGCGAUCUCCUGAACUCCAUGUUUGACUUUAGUGAGAAGCUUAACAACCUGAGCUUGACAGAGGAAGAACUGGCACUGUUUACUGCAGUCGUGCUGGUUUCUGCAGAUCGCUCCAGCAUCAAAAAUGUUGACUCUGUGGAACAGCUUCAGGAGACAUUGAUACGCGCUUUGCGAGCACUUAUCAUGAAGAACCAUCCAAAUGAAACCUCACGUUUUACCAAACUGUUAUUGAAGCUGCCUGACCUUCGCACUUUAAAUAACUUGCAUUCAGAAAAACUUCUGUCCUUCAGAAUAGAUGCUUGAAGCAUCUUUUAAAGACAGUGCUAUUUGAAGAGCCACUACAGACUUGUCUAUUUAUGUUCUAAUGAAUGGAAUGUUCCAGUGUGAAACACAUGUAUUAUAUUGUAAAUAUGUAUGCAUAUGUGUAUAUGUAUAUAUUGAAUCUGAAUAAGAAAUCCUAAAGAACAUGAUAUUGUAUGAUGCAAUAUAUUUAAAAAUGUAAAUAAAUAAUGGUCCUCCUGUAAUUAUUUUCUCUUAAAA